GUCACGGAAUUUGAUCAGGCUCUCCAAGUCACGGAAUUUGAUCAGGCUCUCCAAGUCACGGUAUAGGAGAAUCCGAGAACGCGGAGUCUAUUGACCGAAGACGGUCAAGAUAGCUGCGCAUACACAAGAUGCACAGGUGACGAUCAAAACCGUAAGGGGUUACGACCACCAGAGUCCAGAGCUGUCAGCUUGAGCUGCUGUUCGCUCAGUCAUUACGGGAAUCGCAACGACACGAGCCGGACCGUUUAAAAAAAAAAGAAAGAAACACGAAUAAUUUAACCCUAAUGAAUCCGACCGAAAACCGAAAAUGCUGACAACAACACCCUACCUCACCAUCCGGCGUCCCUCGCCCACCACGGCCGAAUUCACCCUAACCACCUGUCCUCCUCUCACCCUCCCCCUACGAGCCGCCUUAUUCGGCGUCCUCUGCCUACGCUUCAUCGCCGUUCUCUCCGUCAUAAUCGGCAUCUACGCGGCCUUCUUCUCCCCGACAGGGUUACUUCCUCCACCCAUCUUCCCCUCCGGCCGCAUCUCCUUCCUCGACUUCGACCUCAACAAUUUCCUCCUCCACAUCCUCCACCUCCUCUACAUUUCUCGCCCCGGCCAGUACCUUGCCCCCCUCGCCAUCUCCCUCCCGCCCUAUGCCGUCCUCGCUCUCUCGGCACUCACCUCGUACAUAGCCCUGUUCGCGCGUAUCCACACCACCGAGUCCCUCCUAGUCCUACGAGGGUUGGGGAUUCAAAUGUCCAGCAGCGUCGGCGGAGGUAAUUUCUUCCGCUUGGGGGGAGGCACCUUUAUGAAGAGGACGCGGUUCAUACCGACCGAAAAGAUACAGGAUAUCCUGAUCAACGAGGCGUUCAAAGGGUUUGAGGUCAGGUAUUACCUGGUGAUUGUGGUGGAGGGCGAGCAGGAUGUCGUGGUUUGCUUUCCGAGGCUGUUGCCGAGACGGAAGAUUGUCGAGAGGGUGUGGAGGGGCGCGAGGGGGUGUUUGUAUGAGAAGGAUGGACCGGUGCUGAGCGCGGGAGCUGGUGGUGGUGGGGGGAGUCAUGGGGGGAAUGGAGCGUGGAGAGGUGGGAGUGGGAAUGGGAAGAGUGGAUAG